CUCCCAUGAACAUCUGCAGCUUUGCCCUCCAGUUAUUUACUCACCUGUGCUUUAAAUGAGAAAACUGUUCAGUAUCAGCCUGGUUGGUAGUUGCUGUAUGAUGUAACUACAGGUAUCUCAAUUACUAUGUAAUACUCUGUUUCCAGUAAUGCAAACGCUUGUAAUUACUUGAAUAAGUUUUAUUUAAACUAUGAAUACUUUUUUUACACUUAAGGAAUAUUUAAAUGGAAACCUGAUUGCAUUUUCUGCUAUAUCUUAGUGUAAGUCAAGGCCCGUGUACAAAAUCCAAAGCUGUCUUAUCCCUCCUGAAUUGGUUAUUUUUCUACAUUCAGGAUGUAACUUCUUGUUACAAACUUCUGCAUUGUUGAAUAUUUUCUAUCCUUUUAUAGUCACUUUCCUUUCCAUCUCUGUGCUACUCUUGGGUCUGAUUUGUAACCAAUGUAAUCUGCAUUAUAAACUGUCCUAAACUAGAGCCUGGGCAGACUCAUGAAAUAGCAGGAAACUGUCUUUGAAGCACUACAGUACUUUCUUUUUGUGUCUGUUUAAAUAAUUGUGCCAGGAAAUGCAUCUUAUACAGCCACUCUGGAUAAGCAAUAUAUUGUACUGUAAAUAUAGCAGUUGCUGUCACAACCUGGAGUUAAAAUGUCUGGAUGGUAACUAGUGCCUGUCUAAUAUACCUUGGAGAAGAGCAUAGGCCUUCCUCCUAUGGUGCUGUUACAAAAAAACUAUUACCUGUUUUGAUUCUGGGAAGUUGUGAAAUGUGGUGGACAAAAUGUUGCUAUGUUACAUUGAGAUCCAAACAGUGGGUUUUGGUUUCUCUGUAAAGGAUGUCCAUAAAACUCAUGGGGUUUGGCUUUCAAUGCAAUUGUAAAUAGGUAAAACUGUCUGUGUGUUUGUGUCUGAAUUCCAUGUGGUGAUCCUAGGACUGAGAGGGAGGGAGAGGGGAUGCAAUCAGGUGCCACUAGUUUUUGCUGACUGAAACCCACUGUAAAUUAGUGAAUGGUGUGAAUUGCAGCCUGGCUGAGGUGUUGGAAAUGAAUGCAAACUCUUGGGAUCGGCAUCGGCCUCACGUGAAUAACUGAAUAAAUGCAAUAAAAGGCUCAGAGUCAACACUAUUACUUUGUUCAUCGCUUAUUACAGAUUAUUUUGUUAAAAUUUUGAGUACAUGAAUUAUGUAAUUUGUAAAAUGAUGCUGUAGUGGAGACCUUGCUACAACACUAUUAAAAAUCUUCCCUCUUUGUGCAAUGAGGUUUGUAGAAUAGUGAGAUUCUUUGGUAUGUUGAAUCUUCCUGAUGGUGGGAAUGCUGGGGUGAUGUAUCUCACUGUGAGCUGGUACUUGGCUAUUUGCAUAACAUGGCAGUUCUGUAUAUUCUUUUGGCUAACUGUAAAUAUAAAUGUUUCAUAAUAGCUUAGUUGAAUUUUUGAGGUACAGCUGUUUGUGUGAGAUUAGAAAAGUUUAUUUCUAAGAACUUGUAAAAAAAAAAAAGUAUUUUCAAUAAAAUUCCCUACCUCACCUCUACCGUGCAGAAAUGA